AUGGCCUAUCAAGAUCAAGAAGAAAUCGAAUUCCGUCAAGAGGUUGAACGCGUCAAGCAAUGGUGGGCUUCUCCCCGUUUCAGACUCGUCAAGCGUCCUUACACUGCCGAGCAAAUUGUAUCCAAGCGUGGCACCAUGCCUACUAACUACCGAUCCAACGAGAUGGCUAAAAAGCUAUGGGGCAUUCUCCAAAACAACAAGCGUACCGGUCAAACUAGCCACACCUUUGGUGCUCUUGACCCUGUUCAAGUGACCCAAAUGGCUCCUCAUCUUGAUACUGUGUAUGUGAGUGGUUGGCAAUGCUCUUCCACUGCUUCUACAAGCAAUGAACCAGGCCCUGAUCUUGCUGAUUAUCCCAUGGAUACAGUACCCAACAAGGUUGAGCAUCUUUUCUUUGCUCAACUUUUCCACGAUCGCAAGCAACGUGAAGCACGCCUUGCCAUGACACCCGAAGAACGUGCACGCACUCCAAAGAUUGAUUACUUGCGUCCUAUGAUUGCCGAUGCUGAUACUGGUCAUGGAGGUAUCACUGCUGUCAUGAAAUUGACCAAGAUGUUUGUGGAACGUGGUGCUGCUGGUAUCCACAUUGAGGAUCAAUCACCUAGCACCAAAAAGUGUGGCCACAUGGCUGGCAAGGUGCUUGUACCUGUGAGUGAGCACAUCAAUCGACUUGUUGCCAUCCGUGUGCAAUACGACAUUAUGGGUGUUGAAAAUGUGGUUGUUGCUCGUACCGAUGCUGAAGCUGCCACUUUGAUCACCAGCAAUGUGGAUGGUCGUGAUCAUGAAUUCCUUGUGGGUGCUACCAACAAGAACUUGUUGCCCUUGUCGCAAGUGAUGAUGGAAGCUGAACGUGCAGGCAAGCAAGGUGCUGCUUUGCAAGCUGUUGAGGAUGAAUGGACAAGCAAGGCUGGACUUAAGAGAUAUGGUACCGCCGUGGCUGAAGAGCUUCAACGUCAAGGCAAGCGUGCACAAGCUACCGAAUUCCUCAACAAGAUCAAAUUCAAGAGCAACGCUGAAGCCCGUGCUAUUGCCAAGUCCUAUGGCAUUGACAUCUUUUGGGAUUGGGAUAUGCCUCGUGGUCGAGAAGGCUUUUACCGCUACGAGGGUGGCACUGAUGCUGCUAUUUCACGUUCCAUUGCCUUUAGCGAAUACGCUGACAUGCUUUGGAUGGAAACCAAAAAGCCUGUUCUCGCUCAAGCUGAAGAGUUCUCUCGUGGUGUUCUCGCUGCCAACCCCAACACAUUGCUUUGCUACAACUUGUCGCCUUCUUUCAAUUGGGAUGCUGCUGGUAUGACCGAUCAAGAUAUGGCUACCUUUGUUGAAAAGUUGGGCCGUCUUGGAUUCGUAUGGCAAUUCAUUACUUUGGGUGGUUUGCAUGCUAAUGCACUUGCUUCUGGUGUCUUUGCAAAGGCAUACAAGGAACAUGGCAUGUAUGGUUAUGUGGCCAAUGUGCAACGUAAGGAACGUGAAAACAGCAUUGAUGUCUUGCAGCAUCAAAAGUGGUCCGGCGCCAACUACGUGGAUGAAUUGAUGAAGACUGUCACCGGAGGAGUGGCUGCAACAGCUGCCAUGGGCAAGGGUGUCACUGAGGAUCAGUUCAAGUAA